GAAGCAGUGCGGGGUGCAGUGGGAAGUCGGUCCACGACGUUUUUCCUCUCUAUCUUCUUUUUCUGAUUGUUUUAUGACUUUUGCUUUUAUCCCUCCUCAUCCGAGCAGCUGUGAGGAUGUAUUUUGAAGCAUGAAAGAGGCUCGCAUCGUUUCUUGUCGUCUCGUCUUAAGUGUUUAAACUGUUUCUUCACAUCCAUCAGUUAGCCACCUUUUUCACCUCCAGACAGUGUUUUGGUUUUGUUAGCAUACUUUUUGUGCCACUUUAAGGACACUACGGCUUCUUCACUGGACCAGAGAGGACUUAUUUUCCCCACUUUUAUAAAUGACUUUAAGUCUUUUUGUACCGGACCAUUUCCGUCGAAGGUUGACUGAAAACGACUAGUGAUGAGAUUUUAACUCGUGGUGUGUUUCCCUUUUUUUAUUUUUUUCUAAUGACUUUAAAGUGUGCGCUGGACCCCCCUUCAGACCCGUCACUUCUUGAGUUUUCGGGUCCGAGUGUCUUUCAUUUAUAGUUGAGACGUUCGUGUUAAAAAAGGACGCCGACCACAGACGCACUCCUCCUGUUGCUUCAGCGAAAACACACCGGCAGCGUGUUUGCACGCCGCUUCCUCUCCAAGUGACUCACGGUCUGCACUCCGGUGAAACAGAGGGACGUAUUCCCACUCAGGGGAUUUUAAGUGGGACUUGUAGUCUCAGACAGUACUGGCGUCCGAGCUUUUCUUUGUGAAACAAACCGAGUAAAUAAACAGAAAAAAAAUGCCACAGUUAUCAGGCGGUGGUGGAGACCCGGAGCUGUGCGCCACAGACGAAAUGAUCCCGUUCAAAGACGAAGGAGACCCGCAUAAAGAGCAGAUCUUCGCCGAGCUCAGCCACUCAGAGGAAGAGGGAGACCUGGCAGACAUCAAGUCAUCUCUGGUCAACGAGUCAGAGAGCAGCCCCAACAGCAACAGCCACGAUGCAGCUAGACAGUCCCAAAUACCGCAAGAUUCAUAUCAUGAAAAACACAGAGACCAUCCGGAUGAUGGAAAAGACUUGUAUGGUAAAGGCCAUCCAUACCCGAGCUACCCAGGCUACAUCAUGAUGAGCAACAUGAACGACUCUUCUUACAUGAACAACGGCUCCCUCUCUCCGCCCAUGCCAAGAACGUCCAACAAAGUCCCUGUGGUGCAGCCAUCUCAUGCAGUCCACCCUCUCACCCCACUGAUCACAUACAGUGACGAGCACUUCGCCCCAGGGUCCCAUUCUGGCCAUCAUCCCCAGGAUGGAAACAACAAACAAGGAAUGUCGAGGCAUCACCCUGGACCAGACAUGCCCAACUUCUACUCCCUGUCUCCUGGAGGAGUCGGCCAGAUUACCCCACCUCUGGGAUGGUUCUCACACCACAUGGUGCCCGGCCCCCCAGGUCCCCAUGCUACAGGGAUCCCCCACCCGGCCAUUGUCAACCCGCAGGUCAAACACGAGCCGCUGCAUGAAACAGACAUCAUGCACAUGAAACCCCAGCACGAACAGAGAAAGGAGCAGGAGCCCAAAAGACCGCACAUCAAGAAGCCACUAAACGCCUUCAUGCUCUACAUGAAAGAGAUGCGUGCCAACGUGGUCGCCGAGUGCACACUGAAGGAGAGCGCCGCCAUCAAUCAGAUCCUGGGACGGAGGUGGCAUGCUUUAUCUCGGGAAGAGCAAGCUAAGUAUUAUGAGUUAGCCCGCAAGGAACGGCAGCUCCACAUGCAGCUCUACCCAGGCUGGUCUGCUCGUGACAACUAUGGAAAGAAGAAGAAGCGGAAGAGGGAGAAGAUGCAGGAAUCUUCCCAGGGUACAGGCCAGAGAAUGAAAACGGCGUACAUCUGAGACAAUGGAGGAAAACGUAGCAGCUUCUCCACAUGCAAAGCGAAGGCAGCAGCUACGGGCCCUCUGCUCGAGAUGGAGGCCUGUUAAAGAUUCCAUGAAGACCCUUAAAAGUCCAAACUCAAGCCUCCAGAUCUCAGAGGACCCACCCCCAACCUGACCCCACCUAACCCUACUCCCAUUCCUCCAACACCACCACCACCACCAGAAUCACUGUUUCCCCCUCCUGCUGUAAAGACACUGAACUGAAGACAAUCAUGAUUAAGUAGGAGCACCCUCACACGACCACGUCCUCUCACCGAGAAAUCACUAAACCGCAAUUAAACAUCAGAAUUUUGUCCUUUUCACUAUCAGCUUUACCGCAAUCCAAGGCACUGCACUGAAAACAGCAGCAAUUUUUAAAUGUGCGCACAAACUGCACCACCCAAACACCUCUUUCUACGUUUAUUGUAAUUUAUUUGUCACUUGGUUCGUUUGUACAGUUCAUCAGGCCGACAUUCACUUCCUCUACACCUUUUCCCCCUCCCUCUUUUUCUCUCUUCCUGGAUUUUUUGAGACCAUUUGGGUUUCUCGCCCGACUGACCGACCAAACACCUCUUUUUAGACUGCACUAAAGGAAGACAGAGGGAUCUCAUCUUGUCUAAAAAAAAAGAAAAAGAAACACGUCCUAAAGACGCCAUUUUUUGAGUUUGUCGCUGACCAGUUGGUGCAAAAAAGGAUCAACGUUUUAUUUUGUGUUUCAUUUCAAACUGAUUUUAUUUUGAAUGCUUUUUUGUAUCUUGAAUCCUUGUUUUAAUUCUUCGGUGUAUAUUUUAGUGAUUUUUUUAUUUUAAAUAUUGUUUUUUUUUUUUUAUAUAGUGGUUGUAUAUGAAAAUAAGCUUUGGACACAGGAAAGCCAUUUUUCUUGUUGAAGCGUCUUGCAGAAAAUUGAAACUUAAGGCUUCUUUUGAUAACUAUUUGUAACAAAUAGUGACCUCGAGUCUUGCUCAGAUGUAAAAUAAUGCUCAGUAUGUGUACUUUUUAAAAAACUGUCAGGAUAUGUCAAUUUUCUUGGUAUUUUUGCAGGCAACAUUAGGACAAAGGCGAGAGUGAUAGCUCAGAGGCCUAUAUUUUAUUGUUCUAAAACAUGACAAAUGAAGCAGAUAUAUAUAUUUACCCCAGCACUUGGCAGUCUUUCUUUUAUUGCAAUGGACCUUUUUGUCUUUUCUCUCUGGUAGCUGAUAGUGUGGUCUUUAGCCAUGUUGUUUAUUCCAUGCAAGCAUCUCUGUAACAUUUUGAUUUAAUGCUCUAUUUUAGUAUUACUUGAUGAAUUCCUUUUUUUUAAUUAUCAUAUUUCAGGUCACUGUCAUCUUGGUUUAGCAAUUUGCUUCCCAAGUGGUCAUAUUUGAACUGUUUCAACAUGUUUUGUUUUGUUUUUUUUGUAAGAAAAAUAAAAAGGCACCAUUG